AUGCAUACUCAAUCUCAUCCCGAAAAGCCGCCUCCAUCUCCUCGCUCUGCUGCGAGCCCGCUCAAUUCAUCAGUUCCAUUUAUCCCCAUAUCUACACUCGCCCCUCGAUCGGUGGAUAGUGCCAGUCCUCCAUCAUCUCUUUCCAUGUCCACUUUGGCAUUGUCCCCACCUCCCCCAACACUCGGCCUUCGGGGUGAAUAUAACCCAGAACUUCGAAAAUGCGAUGAAUGGCCGAGGCUGGCUCCCACCCUCACUGCUCUCGAGACAAUGAAAGAAGCCUCGCCGAGGCCGCCGAAAACAGAUUUCAGUUCUAUGUGGGCUGCUCGAGAUGCCGACUUUAGCUUUGAGCUUACCUACCAGAACCGAACACUAUCGUCAUUUGAUGUCCUUAAUCAAACACACUUGAUCAAACUCAAUGCGCUUCUGUUAACUCCCAGUGCACUCAACGUGACCACGAGGCAUCAGACUGCGAUUGGAAUCCAAAAGUUUACUCAAGCCAACAAAAAUUCAUUGGGGGUAAUUGUGUAUUUGAUGGAUACGAGAUCGUCGGGUAACGAACAGAUCGAUGCAGUGCAGUCUCUCGGUGCACUACACCACUGCCUUUCAUUGGGCUUCUCAGAUCCACCGCCUGUUCUUGUUGUGUCUGACGCAUCCUACCUUCUGGAUUGCAUAGGCAGUUACAUGAAGAGUGCCUCACGGGCAAACCCGAUUCCAGUCACCACGCCUAGAGAUGAAUCUCCGAUGCCUAAAGCGCCCACGCCUGUGUCUACCUCUUUCCCAGCUCCCAAGUUUUCUACUUUUGCCCAGUCCAAAAGGUGA